GUGAAGGAGAGAAGUGUGGUGAGUAUGAUAAGAGAGCCGAGUGAGGCACGGGCGUCUGCCGUUUAUUUCUGGAAUAUUAGCCAGCGCUCGUGCGCCAUUGAUCAGAUUCUCUGCUCCCCAGCGGUGGAAAAAUUGUCAGAAAUUUUCUCAGAAUUCCAGUCUGUUUUAUGCAAACCACGCAAACAGUGUCAGCCACUCAAUUCUGCGACAAAAAUCUGCAUUGAUCCACCGAGGAGGAGAAAAUAGUAAAUGUGACGUCACAAUCGGCAGGUGCCCGUUUUCCGACCAGAAUAUAUAUGCCGCUCGAGAAUUUAUAAGAUCUCCUAAAAAUGGCGGAAGAAGUUAAUAUGGAAAAUUUCGAAGAGAAAAUAACCUUCGGAGUUGAUUUGGUCGAGGCUGCUUUGAAACAACUGAGGAUUAUAAACACUAUAGAAAACGACAACCGAUUUUGUGAUGACAAGUUUAUACAACGCGCAGUGCAAAGGUACGAAAAAUACUGGCUCCCUCUAGCGGCCGAAAACAAGGAUAAGAUUUUGCCAGCGCCACUGGACGUUGAAUGGGUGUGGCACUGCCAUUUACUUACGCCCGUGAACUACGACGAGACUUGUCGUGAAAUGUUCGGUCAAGCGAUCGAUCAUAAACUCUUCUCCAGCGCUGAAAGAGAAAAAGAAAUUUCAGUUGCCAAGAUCCUGUGGAAGGACAAGUAUCCGGAUGUUCCGUUUGACGUGGAGGAAAUUCCGGAAGAAGUUUCUGAGUUUGAAAGUAAGAUAACGUACGACCUUCCAGGUGCUGCUAAACGACAGCGAGGUUUUAAUUACCAGGUGUCUUUGCCACAUUUUAAAGACAGAAAAUAUCUUGAGGACGCCGUCAGGCGAUACAAGAAAAUGCUUUACUUGAAACUGAAGAACCCGGGGGAAUUUUUGGUUCCAUGUUACGACAUGGACCUCGUUUGGCACUCGCAUCAACUUCAUCCGAGUGUUUACAAACAGGACACAGAAAAAGUUCUUGGGAAAAUCUUCAACCAUGAUGACUCCGUCGUUGAUAGAAAUCUAGGAUCAAAGCUGAACAAAGCCGACGAGAAAACGCGGAAUCUUUGGAAAGAAACCUUCAAUGAGAAUUUUUCGAAGGCAGGAGCUAUGUUCCGGGGGGAUCCGCCCUACGACUCUUUGACACCUCCGACUAAAGAAGAAGUCCGGGCAUUCUCGACCAAGAUUGCAAGCAUUAACUUCGAUUACGUAGAAAUAGAGGGAUUACCCGAUGAACUGAGAAAGUUUAAAAUUAAAAUCCACUUGAUGGCGAAUGAGAGGGAAGGCCCACAGGUCGGGGCGCUUAGGGGACCAAACAGGAAGUGGGACAAGAAGAAAAAACUCAAUUUCACUUUUGACACAAAAUCAUACAAUAGCAUUAAAUUGACCCUCCUUGAAAUUCACAAACCUCUCUGCGUUUCGACUUCAGAGCAACUUGGUCAGUGUGUGUUUCAAAUGUUGGAACACGUGGAAAACGCACCUAUCGAAAACGAGACUGAAAUUUCGGAGAUAUUGACAGUAGAUGAGGAACGGCAGAUUCGUAUACAAAUAAAGGCAAGCUUAAAACUUACGGCAAAAAUCGGACCCUGUUUACUUUUCCUGAAAAACGGGAAUUACGAUAAUAGAAUCUGCAUCAUGCCUGAACAUGUAAAGCAAAUGUGGGGACCAAUUCCGUUACCAAGGUUACCGACAGGAAAAGACAACCAAUGCAUUGUUGCAACACACAAAUUUCUGAAUCAUAAUGGGGAUUUGACCUUUACUUGUCGUGUGAUACACAGCCUUCCUCUCCUAUUGUCCGCCAUUCAAGUGUUCUACCACGACAAAAUGGCGGCUGUGGGUCACGUGAUCAGCACAGAUCAACUUCCGCUGUCCUCAGAACUAGUCGAGCCAAAGAACUGCCCCGCAAUAGUCCCUCUGUCUGGACAGAGAUCAAUUCUGAUUAAGAACAAGGAGGGAGACUGGGGCAUCAUAACGGGACAAUGGACGGGAUUCCGAAGGGGCAAAGGGGGCCUACCAGGAAAUAAGCAAAAUAAAGGGAGAAGAGGGGUCCCCGGAAGCCCUGGAACACUAAGCAUCCGGUUUUUCAAGUGCAUCCGGAAUAACUGGGAUGAGCUUGCUUUGCCCUACCUUACAAAUGUGUUUAAAUUUCAUCUUCAUGACGUCGAUGUUGACCUGGAGCAUGGCGUCAUUCAAAUUGUCUCAGAAACAAAUGAGAUUGCGGAAAACUUGACUCUGGCAUUUAGCGUAGCUCUGUUGCAUGUGCUUUGCCAGCCGCGACCUUUAACCCCGGAAGGAACAGGCGCCACGGCAAAUUCGGGAACUCCAAUCAGGGGGUCUAAGGAGAUUAAACAUAUACCAUCGGAAGACCUCGGACUUGUAGUUGCAGCCGGAUACACAGAAAAAACGCCAAAUAACCAGUAUAUAUACAGAAAACAUGGCGCCGAGGGAGCUUCCGGAUCUAAAACGGACCAAAAUGGCGUGGGAUACAUGUACGCCAUUGAUCCUGUGGACGUCAUUGAGUCUGCAGCAGAGGAGACUCCGGCGACUGAAAAUCAUACUGACCCGACAGACGAAAUUCGACCUGCUACGGAAACUGCUGCCGAAAACGGAGACCACCAGACGGAUAUUCCAGACACGGCCGGAUGUGGCGGUUGCGGAGGAUGUGGAGGUUGUGGGGGUUCGUGUGGGAGCUGCGGUGCCUGUGGUGGCUGCGGUGGUUAAUUGGCAGUGAUCUACGUACAUUUUAGAUUGCUCCUUUACACAUAGUCUGACUAAUUAUUAAUAUGUUAGGGAGUAUACAUGUAAGCAGUACAUUGUACAUGUACUUUUAAAUAAAGUAGCUGAUAGACAGCUAGCAUACAUGUAUGGAUUAGCUUAAUCUACUACAAAGUAUUAUCUUAAUUUAGGAUAUUUGAUUUAUUCGUCACAUAUGUGUACAAACCGAUGGCUUAUUUACGGUACCGUAGUGAUUAAUUUGUUAAUUGAUUAAGACUUUUUAAAAUUUAUUUUAAUACUAGUAUAUCAAUAUGUAAAGAAGAACAAAUAUAAUUGAAUUUGAAAACUUUUGAGAAUAACAAAAGAAAAAAAAAUCGUAUAUUAAUUUUCUGUCCCCUAUGGGGAAGUUGUCAAUAUAUGUAAGAUAAUUAUACAUAAAAUAUAAAAAGAAAAUGAAUAUGCGAUACAAAAUUAAAGUUUUGAUUUUAUAUAUUCAAGUAUACAGAUUUAAAAUCAGUAAUUAAUUGUUUCUCUAUUUCUCCAAAAAAUUGCUUGAUGCAAUGUUUAUAAUUAGCUUUUUAUAUGGCAACUUUAAUUCUAUAGUUGUUAUAAUAAAUAAUUUGUUCAUGUUCAUUAAUGUCUUCAUUGUACUUUUGUAGCUGCAGGUCUGCAAUUUACGGCGCACAAAAAAUUGCGCUAGUUUUGGACUGGUUAACCUUAUUUACACACAAAUUCAGUGAAAACAAUUAGUACCAUUAAAUUCUUCAGACAAUUUACUACUGAUAUUGUUACUUUACUUGCCUCAGACUUUCUUUAACACAUGCUAAGUAACCGACCUCGGAAAAUAAAGUAUUAUAUUAAUUCACGUCGAGAUCGAGAGUCGCCAUUUUUACAUGUAAACAAACUGCACCACUUCACUUUACAGGGCUGGUGAUCGUGUUUAAAAGAAUAUCAGAGGCAAGUGAAGUGACGAUAUCUGUAGUAAAUUGUGCGAGGAAUUUUUUGGAAUCAAAUAUUUGUACAGAAUAUGUUCGGAAAUGAGAUUAAUCAGUCCAAAACUAGCGCAAUUUUUUGUGCGCCGUAAAUUGCAGUUUUUUUACUAUGGGAGGCACUGUAGCUCCCAGGUCGUCCAUCCGAAUGUUUUCAGACCGGGAGCUACAAACCUGCAGCUAUGUACUUUCGCUGUUAAUUUUCGUGGAUUAUUUCUUAAUUAAGUAUUCAAUGUAUAACGACCACAUUUUGCACCUAAUAAAUGAAUGGCCCGAUGAUCUUAAUCAUGAUUAUAUCAUUUUGCAGGUGUUAUCAAAUAAAAAUGCUCCACCAUAGGAAUUUUCAGAAUUUUGAUUAUGGUCCAAUUUAAUACACCUUGGAUUUUGCAUUGAAGUCUAUGGGCAACUUAUGUUUUAUUAAGAUAUUGUAGAAAGUAACUUAAAAUUCGUUAACUCUCCUGAUUAAUACAUACAUAAAUUUUCUCUUUGUCAAAAUAUGAAAUAAAAUGAAUCAUUUACCGCAGAUAUUUUGACGAAAUUAAAUUUUUCUUUUUUUCAUAAAGGGGAAAUAACUCUUUAAAAAAUUUUAAGGUGCAAAAUAUGUUGUCAGUCAAUGUGAAUUUGGUUUAUUUCACUUUCAAUGUUAUCUAGGAAUACAUAUUAAACU